AUGGGGAACAAGCUGCCUACGCUUUCCAAGGCAAAGGCCAGAGCGGUGUCGAAAGGAAACGUCUCAGGUGCAUCCCUACUUGGGCAGCAGCCGGGCACGGGCAUCGAUGACAGCACUCUCGAAGCGGAGCUGAGGGCUGCGCAUGAAAAUGCUCUAAAGCUGACGGCGGGAGUCGAUUUGCUAGCCGAUGAGCUUCGUUUGGAGCAGCAGUUAGCUGCGCUAGACGGCGAGCCCCUGGACGACGAAAAUAACGGCGGGGUAGCAGGUCAAGACGACGAUUUAGACCUGGAUGCACUAGACCCCGAGGAGCUAGCGGAGCUGGAGGGCGAGCUGCAGGGCCCGACAGGCCUGAGCGCCCGACGGAGAGCAGGACUGAAACCUAGAAGGAAUACACCGCCGCUCAGUCCGUACAUUCAGUACAGCGGUCCGCCAGCCAGUGCAGCCCAGGCCAUGUCACCCAAUACACGCUCCCCCCUCCCCGGGGGUGCUGCUCCCGGAGCUCGUAGUGUCAGCGAUGCGGUGUACCGCUGGGGGGUGGUGGUGGUCCUACGAGUGCUGAGAGCUUAG